AUGGGUAAUACCUAGGUUGAAAGAUAAUACGCAGUAUUUAGAACAGACAAAUAGCCACUGCAAGGCCAUUCUCCAGAGCUUGUAUGUAUCUAAAAUUAGGAUGAUCCAGACAGAUAAACUCCAGAUGACUAUUUUGGUUGCACUACAUUCUGGGACAUCUAUAAAUAGGGUGUUUAAAAAUUUUCAAACAACAAGUUUUUGGGGACAAGAAAUCCAAACAAAGAAGGAAAACCUUAUGAAUGGAAGACUUUCAGAGAAGUAUAUGAUUUGAUGGAUCUAGCAGCCAGAGGAAUAGCAAGCCUCAAUUUAUCUCCAGAAAUAGAGACAGAAGGGAAAAGCUGGAAAUUUUUAGGAAUCCAUUCAAGAAAUAGAGAAGAAUGGACAGUAAUGAACCUUGCAUGCCUCAGGUCUGCUAUUACGAUCGUACCGUUUUUCGAUAGUUUAGGGAAAGAUGCUUUGUCUUUUGUAAUCAACUAGGCUGAACUUUAAACUAUGUGUAUUGAGUCUAAGAAUUUCGAGAACCUAAUCAGCUUGUAAUAAAAUGGAGUAAUACCUUCAUUGAAAAACAUUGUCAUAUUUGAAGGUGUGACCAUUACACAGAGAUAAAGAGCUGAAUCUCAAGGUAUCAGAAUCUUAUCAUUCCAGGAUGUUCUGCAUGCUGGAGAGAUUCACAAAGAAGUUGUAUUGAAUGAGCCUAAGUCUGACUCAAUCUAUAUGUUCAUCUACACCUCAGGCACUACUGGUGAUCCCAAGGCAGCUAUGAUAUCUCAUAGAAAUCUUAUUGGAAUGAUGCAUCACAUGGACUACAAUGAUUAGAUGAAUGGAUCAUCUAUCAUUGAGACUGACGUUUGUAUGUCAUAUCUACCUUUAGCUCAUUCAUUUGAACAAGGAACUUUGCUUGUAUCUUUAAAUAGAGGAUACUCACAUGGAUUUUACUCAGGCGAUCCAUUAAAAUUGUUUGAGGACAUUCAAGAACUUAAACCUACUUACAUUGCUGCAGUCCCAAGAAUUCUAACUAGAGUAUACUAAAAGAUUAUGGAUGGUGUCAAUGCAAAGGGAGGUGUAGCCAAGUGGCUCUUUGAAAAAGCUGUAAGUGAUAAGAUUGCCACUUACCAAUCAAGUGGCCAGUUGACUCAUAAGUUCUACGAUAAAGUAGUCUUCAAAAAGGUGAAAGACAUCUUUGGUGGAAAUCUAAGAAUAAUGCUCAGUGGCUCUGCUAGUCUUGAUGCUAAGGUCCUCCUCUUCUUUAGGGUUGCUUUAGGCUUUUACGUAUUUGAGGGCUAUGCUCAGACUGAAACUACUCUUUGCGGAACCAUAACUUCUAUGCAUGAUUAUACUACUGGUAAUGUCGGUACUUGCAGUAGUGUGAACAAAUUGAGACUCAAAGAUGUCCCUGAAAUGAACUAUUAUCAUACCGAUAGCCCACCAAGAGGAGAACUGCAAAUCAAGGGUGCAGGAAACAUUAUUGGGUAUUUCAAGAAUGAGGAAAAGACAAAAGAAUUAAUCAGUGAAGACGGAUGGUUAAGCUCAGGUGAUGUUGUAGCGAUUCUUCCAAAUGGAAAUGUUCAAAUCAUUGAUAGAGCCAAAAAUAUCUUCAAACUCUCCUAAGGAGAGUAUAUUGCUCCAGAGAAACUUUAAAAUAUCUAUGCUUAGUCUGUAUUCAUUCAGUAGAUAUAUGUUCAUGGUGAUUUGAAAAGAGAAUAUCUUGUGGCUGUGGUCGUACCUGACCCAGAUUCUAUAAAGAGAACUGCUACGUCUAAAGGUAUAGCAACAGAUGAUUACAACUAGUUAUUAAAUAACUCUGAUAUCAAGAAAGUUAUUCUUGAUGAAAUGAACAAAAUGGCAACUAACUUUAGCUUGACUGGUUUGGAGAGAAUCAAGAAAGUUCACCUGACCAGCACUACUUUUAACACCGAAAAUGAUCUAGCAACUCCCACAAUGAAAGUUAAAAGAUUCAAUGUCAAGAAGUACUUCGAAAAGGAACUUGAGGAGCUUUAUAUUGAUUGA